GGGGGGGGAUGCAGAAGGAACUUAGUGAAAUUUCAGAGUUCCUUGUUGAGAGCUCAGUCGGUCGUCCGCGGCUGCGUAUUUAGGUAAUCCUUAAAAUUCUGAAACUUUCCUCUCUCUUUCCAAAAAAAAGCAAAAAGAAAAAAUCAGUGACAUUUUAUUUUGUGGCUUUGGUUGCGUUCGAUGAAAUUAAGGAAAGAACAGGAACACGCGGGUUAAAAGGACACGACAAAAAUAGAGGCAUAUAUUUCAGCAGGUCUGCCGAUUUUUGGCGGUAAGGAACAUUCGGUGGAGAAAUUCUUGUUAGGCAAAAUUAGUGUGAAGGACGAAGGCGAUGUCUUAUUGUUAGUUCGCGCUGAUAGUCACGAUAGAUCAGUCAGCAUUCGGUAGUGCCGAAUAUCGAAAGACGCGUGCUGGCAGUCACGAAUGUCGUGCCCAAAAAUUUUAAAUUGUUCGAGAGUUUUGGUUUCAAUUAUUAGUAAAAAUAGUUUUAGUAUUUUUUUAACAUUAAUAUGAGCACUAUUGGACAAGUGAUAUUUUGGUUAUACUUUACAUGCCUUCUGGAAAGCGCAUUUGGAUAUGACAUACCUGCUUCCUAUCACCCCAACCACACGAUCCCGAGCCAUGCCAUCGACCUGUCAACCUGGUCGGCUGACGACACGAUCACAGCCAUCCGCAGGGGCAGCAUCACCGUCCGCCACUACAUCACCAGCGUCCUGGACCACGCGCAGAGGAUAUCACCUCUGAACGCCUUCAUCACCCUCCUACCGGACGAGGCUCUUCGAGCCGCCGACGCCAUCGAUUCCACCAUCGCCCGAGGCCACUCACCACCCCUAGCCGGCCUCGCCAUCGUCGUGAAGGACAGCAUCAACCUCGCCGGGUACCCGACCACGGCCGGCACCGCCGCUCUGCUCCACAACCGCCCGCCCUCCACGGCACCCACCCUCCAGCGCCUCAUCGCCGCCGGCGCCAUCGUCAUCGGCCAGACCAACAUGCACGAACUGGCCUGGGGCAUCACCAGCACGAACCUCCAACCCUUCGCCGGCCCGGUCCACAACCCCUACGCCUUCCAGAAGAUCCCCGGUGGUUCGUCCGGGGGCACGGCCGUUGCCGUAGCGACGCGCGUUGUCACCUGCGGCUUGGGCACCGACACAGGCGGCUCCUCCAGAAUCCCGGCAGCGCUGACCGGCACCGUCGGUUAUCACCCCUCGGUCGGGAACGGUGGCCCGGAGCGCCGGUACCACGACGAAGACGCUAUCGUACCCCUCAGCCCCAUGCUGGAUACAGUGGGACUCGUGUGUCUGGACGUCGAGGGCAUCGCACUCCUGGAUUCGAUAAUCACCGGGCGGCCGCGUGUUACUCGACCGGCGAAGCUUCGCGGGCUGAGACUCGGGGUGCCGCCUGUUUUGUGGUCGAACCUCGACGUGGAACUCGAGAGGGUUGUUCUGGGCGCGGCUCGGAAACUGAGCGACCACGGCGUUGUUCUCGUGAGGGAUGAUAUCCCUAAUUUAACGACGAUCGGCAGGUUCGUCCAGUUGAUAACCUACCACGACCCUUUGACGGCGUUCCCGGCGUACCUGCGGGCGAACGGGGUGGCGGGUGUGGAUCUGCGGUCCAUCGUAGCUGGGAUCGCCAGUCCGGACGUCAGAACCGCCUUCGAGAUGAUUUUGAACGACGUGUACGGGCCGCAGUACCCGUACAUCGUGACCGUCUUGCGCCCUUUCCUCCAGCAGCUGUACGCCGAUUACUUCUCGAGGACCGGCGUUGACGCCAUCUUGUUUCCGACGACGAUCCUGCCCGCGGUGCGGAUUGAUUACGUCAACGGCUCCGGGAACGUUUCCAUCAACGGCGGACCGCCGGUGGACACGGAUGCUGCCUUCGAGAGGAAUACGGACCCUGGCGCGUCUGCCGGGUUGCCGGGGUUGAGUAUCCCUGCGGGUAUGACGGCAUCCGGUUUGCCGGUCGGUAUUGAGAUCGACGGGCCUGUUGGCAGUGAUGAGAGGAUGUUCGCUAUCGGACUUGCGAUUGAGAAAGUUUUGGGCCCGGUCCCUCCUCCGAAAGGAUACCCGCUGUCUGUUUAGUUGUGCUUUAUUUCGGCGAGCGACCGUGACGUUGUCGCCUUCAAUGCGUGGAUACAACAAUUGAUACUCCGAAGAUGACCGAGUUGCAUACACGAAUAAUGAAGGCGCUUUGGCUGUCCUUUCACCCACGACGUGGUGAUAAGUACGAGUGAUCGCAGCAGCUAUUGGGGCUGCAUCUUGCGAAGAAGAAAUUAACCAAGAGCAUUACAAUGUUGAGAAGCCUGUGUUGUUUCUAUUUCCUUGCAUUCAGCUAAGGGAUACUUGAAUGGUUGCUGUCUGUGCCUCCUCCUGAGGAAAUGUUACUUGUAUAAAAUGGAAAAUUAUUCUGAGGUUGAGAAAAUUCUUGGAUGCA